AUGGCCGGCGAAUCUGAGGAUGAGCAACUAAAAGCUGCGUUAUGGUUUGCAGUGGGGAAGAUGGUCGAUGAAGAAACCCUACGGAGGAAUAGGAACGUCACUCCCCAAUUCAUCGGAGCUUUGACUGAGAUGGUCUGGGCCCAAAUAGAAAACGUCGCUUUGGACUUGGAGAGCUUCAGCCGCCAUGCAGGACGGACUACUAUCAACACAGAGGAUGUUCUACUCCUAGCCAGACGGAACCAAGAUCUGCACGCAAUCAUCAAGGAUUUCGUAGAUAAGCAGAAAGCCGCAAAGGCAAAGGGCAAGUCGAAGAGAUGA